AUGAUACCAAGUAAAUACAAACUGGCCCCUCCAGAUGACUUACACCCGUAUUCCGAAUCGGAGAGAGCUAAGCAUAAGAUAUACCCAGAUUUUGAUCCAUGGAAGCAUACUAAAGAAGAAGAUGAGAUAUUAUUAAAUUUUGUUUCUAAGGGUUAUUAUUCUACCUCAAAGGUCAAUUUUGAGAGUAUAUCGGCGAGAUCUUCCUUACAGGACUCAUUACCAAAACUAUCCUCAACACUGUCUGAGAAAUUUUCUGAAGUAGUUCGUAUCCGUGAAAGAGAGAUCAAUACGAUCAAAGGCAAUUCAAAAGAUGGCAUGGCUGCCUCGAAGUUUACUGAUCUAUGUGGACCUGACUUCAAAUUGCCAUCAAGACUCACUUUGACUGAUCACAGAAAAGAACUGUGGUUACAAGAACUAAGUUCCCCAUAUACACCACUACACAAGAUUACAAGCUUCAUACCACAUGGUUUGAAGAGGAGACAAGUAUUAGAACAAUGCUACAUCAAGCAAAUACCAUUAAAAAGAGCAGUCUGGCUCAUCAAAUGUUGCUACUCGAUAGAGUGGAAAACAGGAAUUGCAAAAUACGCUAAUAGUCCUCAGGAAAAAGAUAAAUUCAAUGCCCAUCUUCUCAAAGAAUGGACUGAUAACUUCGUUCAUAUUCUGGAGAAAUUGAUCUUUGAAAUGACUCAACAUUACAAUGAUUCCGUCAAAUUAGAGGCAUGGAAAACCGAAGUUUCGUACUUCCUCAAAUUGGUUGGCAAUUGCUAUACACUAGAACUUAUAGACAAAAACACUUUUCAUUUCUGGAUAUUACAAUUUGUAUCUAAAGUGGAGAACUUUGAAUACCUACCUCUACCGCUACAUAUCUUGGAAUUGUUUUGGAGUGGCAUCUGCAAUACUAAUUCUACUAAAGUCAAUGAAUCCGAAAGCAAUCCUUUGUACAUGGUUACGAAGUUGACUGAUAUUCUACUGAAUCAGUACUAUAUCAUAUUGCAUAGCAAAUCAAUGAUUAAUGAUGACAAAUAUAUUAUUAACGACAUUAAGAAGAAUAACAGUAUCAAAGAAUCUUUGCUGGCAAGCAUUCAAAAGUUGAUUUGUAUUCUUUUCAAACAGCAAUCUUUGGAGGUUUUUCUAUUCCCGCCAACGAGUUGGGAGAAAUACAAGCCUUGUUUGAUUCAAAUUACUAGCGCGCUGUACCGUAAGUCAGAUGAAGUAGCCGAGAUUAAAAGGAAACUUGAGCUCAUAAGCUACCGAAAUGAGACACUAAAAUACACACCUCCGAUAUCUGAGAAUAAAGUUAAAGAUGAUUUGAUACUAACGACAUUUACAGAAAAUUCAGGUUCUAUAACAGUGGUCGAGUUAAGCCAAGUUGACACAGGACUUACCGGAGCUCUAGACGAUAAUGCUACUGAUUUUGACUGGACAAGUUAUUCAGAUCAAGAAAUAUCAACAAAAAUACAAAUAAUUCAAAUAAUACUAUGGGCUAUUCACCCUUCAAGGCACUCCCACUAUGAAGCUGGGCAGCUAGCUGCGAAACUUUUGCUACUAAAGAUAAAUACUAUGGAUGGAUUCCCAGAAUACGAAAUUGAGGAUGAGAUAUGGUCACUUGUAUUUAAACUGGCAAAACUGUCGGAUAAAAGCAAAGCCUUGCCUGCCGUUUUAGAGGCUUUAUACUCACUACUGAACACACUUAUAGUAUAUGGCUUGAUCAAAGUAUCCACAUACAUAAGGAAGUUGAUUAGUUCUGGUAUUCUUUAUCUGACGGAAUCAAAUGACAAAUACAUACAUUGCCGCCUAUUGAUUAAUCUCAAGAUGUCACCUUUAAUGAAAAGUCAGUAUAAUAUGGUCCUUAAAAAUGUUAUGGAUCAGGAUCCAGAAUACUACAAUAACUACAACUUUGAUCAGAUAGUUUCUAUUGUCGAAGAUCUUAAGGUCAAAUUACCCAACGGUGACGCUAUUGAAUAUAGCAAUUACCCAAUGAGUGUUAAGAUAUCACUAGGAGAAUGGUAUCUAACAUAUCUAUGCAAUGGUAAGCUAGUCAAUGAAACAAGAGAAUCUUUAACAGAAAAGUAUGUUUUGUUUGCACACCAAUUAAACACUAAUCACCUUUACUUCAAAUGGAUUGAGUUCAUUGUAUAUCAUCAAUUGAUAGAAGAUAUUGAGACGCUAGAGUACUUGAUGGAGGUGUUGUUACGGUAUAAGAAACUCUUCUCUCAAUAUAUUAACGAUCAUGUGCUAUUCAUUAAAACCUUCAUUUUCAUUAUUAGAAGAAUCUUGAAAGAAAGAGAUUCCAUUGCUUAUUCUCUAACUUCAUUCAUGGAUUUUUGGAAGUUCAUCAUGAAAAGCUACAGUCUAGAAAUUAGAGCAGACACAGAUUUGAGGUCAGAGAUGUCUGCUGUUUAUGAGGAAGAGAAGGCAAAGAAAGAGAUUACUGAAGGUGAAAAAGAUUCCUGGAUGGGACUUUAUCAAAACAUUCAUCCAGACUCCACAUCAUUAGAUCAGAAUCAUACAGGUUUUUCUGAGUUGUUUUUGACCAACUUGAAGACAUUCUUGAGCUCAAAACAGGACAAGCAAGCCAAAAAGAAGGCUAGGUAUAAUUUGUUGUUAUUGAUGCAGGCAAAGAAUAGGGAUUAUUCUAAAUUUAUUUCAAUUUAUUUGAAGAGGAAGGACUUUAAGACAUCGGAUCUAGUUAAUUUACUAUCUUCUAAAUUACUGACACUUGAUCAGAUCAAGAACACGUAUGGCUUAAAAUAUGUCCUUGAAUUAUUUGAUAUAGAAUCUGAAAGUAACUGCGUGUUUUAUGAGUACCAAAAGAGAUGUUACAUCGAGCUUAACUACAAAUCAGUUCUUUCUGAGUAUAACGUUGUGAGUCAUCACGAAAUGAACAGGUUUAUCUUUAAAAUUGUCAACCAUAGUACAUCUGCAAAACUAAAGGAGACAGCAUCAGCAUUGUUAACCAAGAACCUAGAGGCAAAUAAGGACAAGGCUAUUCAAUUGUUCUAUCAGCUGGUCUACUACCAAAAUAACCUGGAGUUCUUAAGUAGUGAAGAGUUACAAGAGUUUGCCGUAAACAAUUCACCACAGAAGCUAUACUCGUAUCUAGACUUUACCAAUCUAUGGCUCUUCCAGUCAUUUACGAAGUUCUAUAUUCACGAGACCUUCCAAAACACUAACGAGGACAAGGUCAAAGUUGGGGAUGUAAUCUUUUCGAUUAUAGAGACCACCAAAUACAACGUCUUGUGUGCUAAGAUAUUUGAAGAUAUCAGAGACCAUCGUGUUACAGACUUAGUAAUUGAGUUAUUUGAGCAAGAUUUCUUUAAGAAGAUCAUUAGUGGGGAAGAGUUCAAGGCGGAGUUCUUGCAAAUGCUCAUCGAGAUUAUCAACCACUUAUCGAUGCAUAAGGGCAAGACUAACGAUCGGAGUGGUGAGCAAUCGCACACAUCGUAUGAGCUCUGUGUGCAAGUGAUGGCGCACUUCCAACAGCUCUCAGACUCCGAGCUUUCUGCGAAGGAAAUAGAGCUCGAUGUAUUCAUGAAGAUAUUCACUGUGCACCAGAACAGUGUAUUCCAGGAAAUACUGAGGGACACCGAGUCUUCCAGUGCCAUGAUCGAGAGCCUGUUCGCGUUGUUUGAGCGUGUGAACUUCAGUCUGCGCCUGAAACUGAUGUUCUAUGAGGUCCUUUCCUCGUUGAAGUCGUACUGCACUUACGAGGCCGGUAUCAGUGACGAGCAGUCCCGCACGAAGCUCAUGCACAAGCUCAUGUGCCUCCCACCAUUCCAAGUGUCCUCUUUCUUCCCCGAGGAGGACGACACCGACUGCACACGCGACCCGGCGUUGUCCCUGGGUCUCGACCUAGGCACUGCGAGUGCCAACUCCACAUCCAGCACCACACCGAGCGAAGGCACACACAAGAAGCGGUGCGCCAUCUGGGACAAGCGCCUCCACAAGUACACGGGCGAGCUGCAGCGCAAGCCCUACUACUGCAUCAAGAACUACCAGGACACGGAGGACAUAAACAACUGCUCCUUAAACCUCAGCCUCUUCGACGCCCGCUACGAGCGCAAUAACCCAAGGUGA